UGAUUUCUCCCCCCCAACCCCAACAUGUCCGUUGCCGCCGCCAUGGUCGGUACAAUAUCAAGUAAACACAAAUCCGACUCCACAUCUUCUCCAGACAACACAUCCGCACACAUCGACCGUAACUCCGCGAUCGCUCUAUCCAUAAUCCUCUUCCUCAUUUUCGUGGCUAUAGCAUGGUACCUCCGCUUGCACUUCGCACAAAAGCGACAAGCCGAUCUAGAGCGCCAGUCACAAAUGCAGCUGAGUGGUGGAAACUUCGAGGUCAACUCAGUGACGGGAAGGGUGACGCGGAACAGGCAGUGUAGUUCAUGUGGACAUGGUAGUCAAGAUACGAGGAGGAGUAGGGCGGCGAGUUUGUUGAAGCUGAAAUCCGUGGUUGUGAGGAAAGACUCUGUUGCUACUUCUUCAUCUUCAUCAACCGUUGCCCCGACAGCAGCCUCCUCAUACAACAGCGGAGGCAUUGAGAGGAGGAAAUGGCCCGGACUAUCCCAAUGGCGGACACAAGACUCGUGGUCUACAACACUAGGCCCCAACGCCCUCGCGAUACACGAGAACACUCUGCCGUUGACGUCGACGGAGCGUACUUCACGCACACACUCCCGGCGGCAGUCUCUCAAUAGAGGGUCUUUCGAUCCUCUUCCAUUGCAUAACCCUAUCUACCCUAUUCCAGCCCGUCGACACAGUUCCUCGCUCUCACACGAUGCGUAUGAUAAGCGGUGGUGGAACGAGGUUGCCCGGCGGGGCUCAACGACGAGUCUGAUGCAGCGGUCGUCUGUGUUGGAUGCUGUUUCGGAGCCGGAGGGUAGGGGUUGUGCAGACGGAUCUCGGGGGGUUGGUAGGGUUAGUACGGUGAGUGCGCAUGCGUCUUGGAAAGGGAGUAGAUGUGAGUCGGUUAUUUAUGACUGGACGAGGCCUGCGAAUGCUGAGGUGCAAGAGAGGAGUGAGAUGAACUUCAAAGGUGUGAUUUGGGACGGACAGCAGCGUAGUAGGCGAGGUAGCAAAGAGGAAGAAAAGAUCCAAAGCAUGGAUUGGGCGUUGAAAAUGUAG